UCUCCCUUCACUGUGCUGCUACUUAUAAACUCAUAACUGUUCUUUGAGAAUCCAAAGGCUUCUCUCUUCAGAGCUUUCUGACAUCCACUAUGGCUGCAAGUCUACUUUCACAGUCAUCUCUCCUUCGAUCUAAAUCCUCUCUUCAUCUGAAGACGCUUCAAAACCCUCGUCUACCUCGCCCCUCAACUGUCUUUCUGCCAUCAAAAUUGACCUUUGUGGCGAAGACGGAAAAUGCGUUUGUUGCAAAAUGUUCAAUGGCUGUCACAGAAUCGAUUUCGUUAACUGCGGCUUCGAAUGGUCGGGAGAUGAAGAAUCCCAUUAUUGUCAUCGACAAUUAUGAUAGUUUUACUUAUAAUCUUUGCCAGUACAUGGGGGAAUUGGGAUGCCAUUUUGAGGUUUAUCGGAAUGACGAGUUAACUGUGGAAGAGUUAAAAAGGAAAAAUCCAAGAGGGUUGCUUAUAUCCCCAGGACCAGGAACACCACAAGAUUCUGGCAUAUCAUUACAAACUGUUUUGGAGCUUGGACCUCUGGUGCCUUUAUUUGGUGUGUGUAUGGGACUGCAGUGCAUUGGAGAGGCUUUUGGAGGGAAGGUUGUGCGUUCCCCUUAAGGUGUCAUGCAUGGGAAAUGCUCUCUUGUUUAUUAUAAUGAGAAAGGGGAAGAUGGCUUGUUUUCUGGGUUAAAUAAUCCUUUCACUGCUGGGAGGUAUCAUAGCCUCGUGAUUGAAAAGGAUAGUUUCCCUAGCAAACAACUUGAGAUUACAGCGUGGACAGAGGAUGGACUAAUAAUGGCUGCUCGUCACAAAAAAUAUAAGCAUCUACAGGGGGUACAGUUCCAUCCAGAAAGCAUUAUAACAUCAGAAGGCAAGACUAUUGUUCGCAAUUUCAUCAAACUGAUAGAGAGAAAAGAGGCUGUAUCUCAAAAGUAGUAAACGUAUCAUGGUAUGCGAUAAAUGGAAACAUAGGUGGGGAAAGGUGUAGCUCGUGGUCUGGUGUUUCUCAUUCCUGACCUUUCCAUAAGGUUGUUUUCAUUAUCUGUACAAUGCAUCAGGGGAUUGCUACUUAAAUAUUUAAUUAAUAAAUAGUCUUCAUAAUUAAAAUAAUUUCUAUUGUUGUAGUUGAAGCAAAAUUUUUCUUUAAUAAUUCAGGGGCACAACACAUUUCUAGAAAGAAAGCCCUUCUCAUCUCAGCUUUCUGUGCUGCCUCUAGCAUCCCACUUGAUGUGGCAUCAGUUUAUUUGUUAUCAAUUCUUAUUUGUUCAAUAA